UUCGAUCCCUGCAGAUGCAUACAGUUUGCCACUACAAACAUUCUAAAUAGCCUAAUAUUUGGCUGUAGAUACACGUACAAAAGCCGACGAUUGCAAGAUUUGGUGAACAUCAUCAACAUGAAUUUAAGCAGUAGAAAUAUAUUUAAUUUAGAAUGCAAUUUUAAAAAUAAUGCAUCAACAAAAAAUAGUUCUGAAGGCUGCAAAAAUUUAAAAUUUCAUCGAAUGUUUAUAAAGCACAUGUUGGGAUUGAUAGACAAUGAGAUUGAAUCGCACAAACAAAAACAUGGCUUCACACAAUGCAGAGAUAUAAUAGAUGUUUAUUUAAAAUGUUCUUCCAACGGCACAAACAACUUAUCUAGAAUGAACUUGGAUUUAACUAUCUUAGAGUUUUUUACCUAUGGAGUCCAUCAAAUGAGUUCUUACCUGCUGUGGGCCCUUCAUUCAAUGAAGGAAUAUCCCGACGUGCAAAACAGAUGCCACGACGAAAUUGAUCAAAAAAUUGGACCAUUCAGGCCAAUAAACAUUGACGAUAUGAAAGACCUGCCAUACGUCAAUGCUACAUUGCGUGAGGUGUCGAGAAGAUUCACAGUCGUUCCUCUAAGUCAGCCUUCAGUUUUAAAAGAUGAUUUGAAGCUGGGGCCAUAUUUCUUGACUAAAGACAGCCUGGUGAUAUGUAAUUAUUAUGCUGUUCAUAUGAAUAAAAAUGUAUGGAAAGAACCACUUACUUUUUGUCCUGAAAGAUUUAUGAAC